AUUCUGAUGACACCCUUUAUGGCAUGCUGUGGUUUCCAACCUCCUUUGUUUAAGGACCAGGAGCAUACUGUGGCGUUUCCCACGGUGAGGGAGCAUCUCCGACGGGUCCAGUCUGUGUGGAAGGACGUCAAGGCUGCUCUAACUCAGUCUACGGAGAAAAAUAAGCGGCUGGCGGAUCUUCAUCGAUCCUCUACUCCGGAAUACAAGUCUUGAUGCAUCCAAAGAAGAUGGAUCCCUUAGGAGAUUAAUCAAUGACAACCACAAAUCUCCAAAUUGCACCAUGAAAAAAGUCAUCGUCAACAACUGGCCACAUUUGUGCCUAUUUGCUGUAAAAAACAUAGAAACAGGAACUGAAGUUUAAUAUAACUACGGUGACUCAAAAUGGCCAUGGCGUACAAAGGCGUGCUGGAGCCUAUCCCAGCUAUCAUCGGGCAGGAGGCGGGGUACACCCUGAACUGUUUGCCAGAAUUCCAGGUGACAAACAUGCAGUAUCCAGCUAAAGCAGGACAACGAGACAUUUACUGCAGGUCAAACGUCCGAGGACUCAAAGGAAGAUGAUGCCAGCACACAGGUGACAAACAUGCAGUAUCCUGCUGUUGCAGGACAACAUGAGACAUAUACUGCAGAUCAAACGUCCAAGGACUCAAAGGAAGAUGAUACCAGCACACAGGUGACAAAAACACAGUAUCCUGAUGUCGCGGUCAAAUAUGAGACAUUCAUUGUAGAUCAGACUUCCAACAAUGACUCAAAGGGAAAUGAUUUUAGCACACAGACUUACAGAAUUUUGUGGAAGACUCCUGAUUAAGAAAACAGUUUAUCUGACGGAAACCUUUCCAGUCUUGUUCUACUCGGGCCUAAUUAAGCUCAUACACAGGGUCGCGGGCGUGCUGGAGCCUAUCCCAGCUGUCAUCGGGCAAGAGGCGGGGUACACCCUGAACUGGUUGCCAGCCAAUCGCAGGGCACAUAGGAACAAACAACCAUUCGGACUCACAGUCAUGCCUACGGGCAAUUUAGAGUCUCCAAUUCAUGCAUGUUUUUGGGAUGUGGGAGGAAACCGGAGUGCCCGGAGAAAACCCACGCAGGCACGGGGAGAACAUGCAAACUCCAUACAGGCGGGGCCAGGGAUUGAACCCGGGUCCUCAGAACUGUGAGGCUGACGCUCUAACCAGUCGUCCACCGUGCCGCGACUCUUAGGUCAUUUUACCUAAUUUUAGUCACACCUUUCAAUUUCUAAACAAAUAUCCUGCUGUUGCAGAACAACAUGAGACAUUUACUGCAGCUCAAACGUGCGAGGACUCAAAGGAAGAUGAUGCCAGCACACAGGUGACAAAAACACAGUAUCCUGAUGUGGCAGUCAAAUAUGAGACAUCCAUUGUAGAUCAGACUUGACAAUGACUCAAAGGGAAAUGAUUUUAGCACACAGGUAAUGGAGUCAUAGACACUGUCUUAAUAGUUUUUAAUUUUUUAAAUCCACUGUAUAUUACUUAGUUUGUUACAUUACUUUCUGAUACAACUGUUCAGACUUACUGAAUGUUGUGGUAAAAUAUUUUUGACCAAGUCUGUCGUCCUUGGGCGUAGCUAAAAUGGCGCUUAGUAAAGAGUUUCCCCUUCCCCACUUUAUAAGAAUUCAAAGUGCCUUGCUUCAAACAAUCUAUCCAUUGCAAUUGCGAGUUACUUGGUUAUAAUCACAUUGCUCAUUUCUACCACAACAGCAUGCAGUUAGCUAGCUAGAUAUGCCUACACCCCAGAAAUGCAUCUUACCCGGAUGCUUCAAGUUAAAGAACAGCUAAGUGAGUCAUUAUUCUAAAUUCCUAAAAAGUGAGAACAACCAAGGGGAUUACCAGGCAGCUGCUAAGGUAUGUACCAGUAGUCGUUGUUGCCGUGUGUACUCCGUCACUUUAACACUGCCUUCAGACCAGCCUCCAGUGGAAAAGAGUAUAAGUCAAGCCAGCCACCAUUUUCUUUGUAUUGGCUGUAUUUACAUGAAGUUUGCACUUAUGGCCUAUAGAUUGAGUCCCUACACUACACAGCAACCACCAUGUCAACAUGGUGUUUUUUUGUGAAUCGGCAGCCUUUUAUAUAACGCCUUAUUGUUGCUGGAAAGAAAAUACUCAACCAUUUCUGUACCUAACAUUGUAUUAUCAGAAACAAAAAAAAAAGAAUAAUAGAGAACUAUACUUGUGCCUUUGUAUUGAGUAUAACCAAAUGAGAUACACAAAAAUGCAUGCCUUAUAACAGGGAAUACCCAGGUAAUACCAUACUUUAAUGAUCAGAAAAUAUUAAAACAAAAAUCAAAAGCCGAAAUGGUUCUAUUCCUUGUUUUUAAACACAUCUCAAUGUAAAUGCCAAUUAAUGCGAGCUAAGAUUCUGAACUUUUCUUAUAUUCAUCCUUUGAGCUUAAACUGAGAUGUCUCCAUUAUACGGUUCAACUAAAACUUGUCAUAUGUGUGUGUGUUCCGGGUUUUGUCUUCCCCCCUGUUUCACACACACCUGCUCAUGUGAGCAUCUUCAUCACCUGUGCCUCGUUCACCCUAAUUACCCCUUGUAUAUAACCUCGUGUCUCAUUUCCUCUCGUUGCCAGUUCGUUGUACCUUGUCGUCGCGUUCCAGCAUUCCUUGUUUCCACGUCAUAGAUUCACAGUAAGAUCUGACCCUGUUCCGAUUAUCGACCUUGUCUCUUUGCCUCAUGUUUUUGGAUACUGUUGCCUCUCUUGGAUUGCCUGCCUGUGUACCGACCUAUGCCCGUCUAUUAAACCUCUCUUUUUGGAAACUGUCAAUUUGUUUUGGAGUCGUGCAUUUUUGGGUCCUAUCCUCUGUUCCGUUCAUGACAGAACGAACUGGCCAGAACAUGGACCCAGCAGACUCAGACCCGGUGCGCAAAGCCCUUCAAGCGCAGGGUCAACGCCUCGCGAAGCAGGAUGAGCAGAUUGCCGCCCUCCACCUUCAUCUAGAGGGACUGUCAAGGAAUCAGGACAAUAUGAUGAGACAGGUGGCCUCGCAGUUUGAACUUCUUUUGAAUUUUUUUCAAGAGAAGGAACCAGUGGGCACCACACCCAGUACUGCCACGGUAUUUCCGUGUGAAGUAGUCACCAUGCAGCCACCUGCCACCUCCGCUGCUGUCUGCCCACAGCUCUCUCGACCGGAGAGGUUCUCUGGAGAAUCUGGGAACAUUAAGCCGUUCAUCACGCAGUGCGAACUCCACUUUGAACUGCAGGCAGCCGCCUUCCCCACCGAGCGGGCAAAGAUCGCAUUCGUCAUUUCCCACCUGACUGGUCGUGCGGAGGCGUGGGCUACUGCUGAAUGGAGCCGCAAUUCCGCCGCGUGUCAUUCAUGGGCUCGUCAAGACUAUGGAGCAAAUUUUUCAAUUUUCCACUCCUGAUCGUGAGGCAGCUCGCUCCCUUGUCACCUUACAACAAGGCAAGCGCAGGGUGUCAGAUUACGCGAUUGAGUUUCGCAUUCUAGCAGCUGAGACUCAUUGGAAUAAUCGGGCGCUACUCGAUGCCUUUUUUCAAGGACUAUCCCCCGCCGUCAAGGAUCAUUUAGUCCUGCUAGACCUGCCACCCGACUUGGACACUCUCAUCGCUCUCGCCCUCAAGAUCGACAGAAGGCUUUUGGAUCGCAAGCUGGAUGGAGAUCGGCGGAGGGAUGCUUCACCGCGCACUUGGAGGACGAGCCUCUGUGACAAGCCAAACCAAGGCAGAUUCCCUGCUGCCAGUCUCAAUCCACUGGCUAGCGUCACCACGGAUGAGCCCAUGCAACGGGGCAGGUUCCGUCUCUCCUCUGAGGAACGUCAACGCCGGCUGAGGGAAGGGCGGUGCUUCUACUGCGGUCAGUUGGGUCAUUCCGUGAGCAACUGUCACGUCAAAGUUGCCGGUGCCGGUAGCCAGGGCACGGGAGAGGUGAGUCUGAAUUUCAUUAAGGAAGACCCUACACGGGUUCUUCCUAAAGUGACACUAUGCUCUCCUGAUUUAUCUCAAGUGCCCACCUGUUAUCAGGAUAUUAAAGAUGUUUUUUCCAAGUCCAAGGCCAAAUCCCUUCCACCCCACAGACCUUAUGACUGUGCUAUUGACUUGCUGCCUGGAACCACACCCCCACGAGGGAGGUUGUUCUCUCUUUCAGGGCCGGAAAACAAGGCCAUGAAGGAAUACGUAGAAGAAUCACUGGCAGCCGGGAUCAUUCGCCCAUCUUCAUCCCCUGCGGGAGCAGGAUUUUUCUUCGUGGACAAGAAAGACAAGACCCUGCGACCCUGUAUCGAUUACCGGGGUCUCAAUGAGAUCACGGUAAAAAACAGCAGUUACUGCAGAAUCAACUCUAUGUCAAGGCUGAGAAAUGUGAGUUCCACCAGGCGUCCGUUUCUUUUCUGGGUUUCGUCCUGGCUCAAGGUGAAGUCAAGAUGGACCCUUGCAAAGUCGAUGCCGUUAUUAAUUGGCCUACUCCCACGUCACGCAAAGAUGUACAAAGGUUCUUAGGGUUCGCAAACUUCUACAGGAAAUUCAUCAGGAAUUUCAGUUCUAUAGCCUCUCCUUUGCAUGAUCUUACCUCGCCACACAAACCUUUUGUAUGGAACCCGCUUUGUCAUGCAGCUUUUCAAAAACUUAAGUCGAGCUUUACCUCCGCUCCCAUCCUUACUUUGCCAGAUCUCAAACAGCAGUUUGUGGUAGAAGUCGAUGCGUCUGAUGCCGGAAUAGGCGCAGUGCUCUCCCAGAAGUCUCUCAAGGAUGAGAAGUUACAUCCUUGUGCGUUUCUCUCCAAAAAAUUGACCCCAGCUGAAAAAAAUUAUGACAUUGGCGACCGUGAACUGUUGGCAGUCAAGGUGGCUUUGAUGGAGUGGAGGCACUGGCUAGAGGGGGCACAUACUCCGUUUUUAGUAUGGACAGAUCACAAGAACCUUGAAUAUAUUAAAACUGCCAAAAGAUUAAAUGUGAGGCAGGCUAGAUGGGCUCUUUUCUUCUCUAGAUUUAAUUUUACGUUAUCAUACCGACCGGGUUCUAAAAAUGGUAAGCCAGAUGCUUUGUCACGCAUUUUCUCCGAGGAGAGUUCUUUGUCCGACCCUAA